UGGCCUCCUUGGGUUCCAGAGCUGACGUCCCCGCUGGGAGCAGGAUGGAGGCCUCUCUGCUCCUGGCAUUGGUGCUCAUGGCCACUCCAUGCGUGCUGGGUGCCAGCCCCGGCCUGGCUGCCAGGAUUACCAACCAGGGCCUGGAGUACGUGGCGGCGAAGGGCCUAGAGGCUCUGCAGAAAGAGCUGUACACAAUCACGCUGCCCGACUUCACUGGGGACUUCUUGAAGAAAGGACACUAUGAAUUCCACAGCCUGAGUGUCCAGAGCUGUGAGCUGCGCCACUCUGCCCUCACACCCCUCCCCGGCCAGGGUCUGAGCGUGUCCAUCUCCGACUCCUUCUUCAGCGUCCAGGGCAAGUGGAAGAUACGCUUGACUUUCGUGAAAGCUCAGGGCUCCUUCGAGCUCCAGGCCAAUGGCAUCAGCAUUUCCUUCACCCUCCUCCUGGGCAGGGACCCCUCCGGGAGGCCCACGGUCUCUGCCACCACCUGCAGCAGCCACAUCCGCGAUGUGGACGUGGACAUGCCAGGGAGCCUACGGUGGAUGCUGGGCGUCUUCCACGACUACAUCGAGUCCAAGUUCCGAAGAGAGACAGAGAGCAAGAUUUGCGAAAUGGUCCAGAACUCAGUGACCUCUGAUCUACAGCCAUAUCUCCAAACUCUGCCAGUCACAGCAGAAGUCGACAGUUUUGCCAGUAUCGACUACAGCCUAAUGGAGGCGCCUCGGGCCACAGACCGCUCUCUGGAUGUGAUGUUUAAGGGAGAAUUUUUUAACCCUGGUCACCGCAGCCCAGUUCCCUUUCUUGCUCCUGCCAUGAGCUUUCCUGAGGAGUACAACCAAAUGGUCUACUUCACCAUCUCUGAUUACGUCUUCAACACCGCCAGCCUGGCGUACUACAAGGCCGGCUACCUGAACUUCACCAUCACGGAUGACAAGGUUCCUCCAAGCUCAAACGUCAGACUGACCACCCAGUCCUUUCGUGCAUUCGCCCCUCGGUUAGCCAGGAAGUACCCCAACAUGAACUUGGAACUUCAGGGAGCCUUGGCCUCCGCCCCGGUCCUGACCUUCAGUCCUGGAAAUCUGUCUUUGGCGCCACAGAUAGAGAUUGAAGCUUUUGUGCUGCAGCCCAGCUCCGCCAAGGAGCCUGUCUUCCAGAUCACUGUGGCCACUAAUAUCUCCGCCAUGAUGACCUUCAGUAACAACAAGAUCACUGGGUUCCUGAAGCCAGGAAAAAUACAACUGGAGCUGAAAGAAUCCAAGGUCGGAGUAUUUAAUGUGGACUUUCUGGAGGCGCUGCUCAACUACUACAUUCUCAACACUCUCUACCCCAGAGUCAAUGAGAAGCUGGCAGAAGGCUUCCUCCUCCCUCUGCUAAACCACAUUCAGCUCGAUGACCUUGUCCUUCAUAUCCACAAGGACUUCCUGUCCUUGGGCGCCAAUGUCCAGUACUUGAAAGACUGAGGCCGAGGAGGCAGAGCGGCGUUUGGAAGUCACCGUUGGAUCAGCAAGUUGCAUCUCUAGAUGCACCGCCGAGUCCCAGAGGUUUGGGCAGGAAGAAGACAGCUUUGCUCUGUCUUCUGCUCUCUGCCCCUCCCGCCCCUCUUCCAGCUGGCACAAGCACCCCCUCUCUGGCUUGGACUUCAUUCUCUCUCUACCCCCACUGGCCUGUAAUAGCUAUAGUGGGGGGGGGAGACACACCAUAUGUUCUUAUUCCCCUUGGAGCCUGUCACCUAGCAGGCCACUGGCCCUUAGUAGGAUAGCACUGUAGCACUGUCCUCCCGUUGUUCAUCGAUUUGCUCGAGCGGGCACCAGUAACUUCUCCAUUGUGAGAUUUGUUGUUACUGUUUUUGGCAUAUCAAAUACAAUACAGGUAGCUUGCCAGGCUCUACCAUGCAGGCGGGGUAGUCUCGGUAGCUUGUGGGGCUCUCCGAGAGGGAUGGAGGAAUCGAACCCAGGUCAGCUGCGUGCAAGGCAACUGCCCUACCUGCUGUUGCUAUUGUUCCACCCUUAGUAGGGUACCAAUAAAUAUUUGUUUCUGGAUCAA